AUGAAGCAUGCAUCUUGGGAAGAAUCACUUAGAUCCAUUCAAUCAUGUCCAAGAUCAAUAUCAGACAGGAUUGUUUAUAAAUUGGCAACAAAGAACAGGAAAUCAUCGGAUUUUCGACAAAACCCGUAUCAUGAAUUGGAGGCUGCUUAUGUAGCACAGGUAUGCUUAGCAUGGGAAGCACUGAGCUGGAAUUAUAAAUACUUCAAAACCCUAAGAGCUUCUCGUGAUGAAGAGGACCCAGGUUGUCCUGCAUAUAUAGCUCAGCAAUUUCAACAAUUUCAAGUGCUUUUACAAAGAUAUGUUGAAAAUGAGCCAUAUGAACACGGUAAAAGACCUGAGAUUUAUGCUAGGAUGAGAAGCUUAGCUCCUAAGUUGCUUCAAGUUCCCGAAUAUCGAGAUUCGGAUGAGGAAAAGGACAGGAAGAUUUUUGCUCGAGAAUAUCUUCAAAUUCAUUUCUUCGGAUAAUGGAAGAAUCAAUUAGAACAUUUAUGAAUUUCCUCAAGGCGGACAAGAAGAAUCGUUGUCAAGUAUUAGUGGCAGCUUUGUUUAGGAAAAACAAAAGAGGUUCUGCUGACCCAACUCUUCUCCUCUUACUCAAGAAAGUAAACAAGAAG